AUGGUGACGCAGUUCAUGAUGGAAUUGCAGGGAUUGAAGGCGGUUGAUGGUGAAGAUCCGCCUCGGAUACUCCAUUUCAACCCCCGGAUUAAAGGUGAUUGGAGUGGAAGGCCAGUGAUUGAGCAGAAUACUUGUUAUCGAAUGCAAUGMGGCUCUGCUUUARGUUGUGAUGGUCGUGAAUCUAGSCAUGAAGAAGAAUCUGGUAUUGACUUAAACAAUUGCUUUACGUUGUGGUUGUUGGACUAG